CAGCGCCUCACAGUGGCUGGAGCAUCCUGUUGCGUAAUCACGAACCCGGGAUUUGGAAGUGCACGGGCUGGUGGAGGACGUCACAGCUGAAAUCGCAAUGCUAUUUGCGUUUGCGGAGCGGCAUGCGGCGUGCUAGGCCGGGCAGUAAUCUAUCCACUUCUCUUCGCAGACUCCAUCCACAUCUCUACACUUCACAAUGGGUUUCCUGGACAGCAUUGUAGACAAACUCACGGGCGGGCAACAGGACCACGGGCAGCAGCAACAGUAUGGCCAACAACAACAGUAUGGCCAGCAACAACAGUAUGGCCAGCAACAGUAUGGCCAACAACAGCACAGUCAACAGGGUCCUCCACCAGUCUCUCCGCCUUGGUUCGCAGAGUGGGCUCCCCAAGAAAACAGGUGGCUCUUCGUGAAUCAGCAAACCGGCGAACGCACAUAUCAAUAUCCGGGUCCUGGUAACCAUGGCCAGGGAGGUUAUGGACAGCAGCGCGCCUAUGGGCAAGAGAGCUAUGGUCAACCUCAAGGCUAUGGGCAGCAGGGAGGCUACGGUCAGCAGGGAGGCUAUGGUGGUGGCUACCCUCCACAGCAACAGCCUGAGAAGCAGAGCAGCAAUGCCUGGAAGUACGCCGCUGGCGGCGCUGCUGGUCUCGUCGGCGGUGCGAUCUUGAUGCACGAGGCUGGAAACAUCAAGGACGGUUUUGACGAGUUCGGCAACAAAGUAGAAAACUUCCCCGAGAACGCUGCGAACUGGACAGGAGAACAGGUCGGCAAUGUCGAGAACUUUGGUGACAGCGUUGAGAACAAGUGGGACAACGCCGUCGACGACGUCGAGAACUUCCCUGAAAACGCUGCGAACUGGACAGGUGAACAGGUCGGCCACAUCGAGAAUUUCGGCGACGAUGUGGAGAACAAGUGGGAUGGUGCUGUCGACAGCGUUGAGGACUUUGGGGAUCGCAUGGACAACGCAUAUGACGAAGGGAGGGAUGAGGCGAGGUACGAUGAUGAUGACUACUAAAAGACCAGUCAGCUCUCAAGUCAGAUGUCAUGAAAUGCACAUUUAGCAAGUUCGUUUCGCUUCGCUCUGUAUUGUUCAGUUUGUUGACGCUAAUGUGUUUGAUGUGUUGGUUAACGGGAUUGCUAGACCAUGAUAUACGUUCCUCGCGAUUACAAGUCAUCGUUUGUCCUACGUCGACACAGUCAGCUAGUCCAAAAACAAAACGAUCCUCAGUCUUCCCUUUCGAUUCGGCGCUGUCGCAAUCGAGAAUC